AAUAAGUGAAUUUCCAUUAGCCCAAUUAGAGCUCUGUUUUCCAAUUAUGGAGUUUUCUUUGAUAUUUGUUGCAAUUUUUCUCCAAUUUUUGGUAUUAGUUUCUGCUUUCUUUGGGUCUAAUAACCAGGUAUCAUUGGAAGAAUUUACAAAUUCAAAAUCAUUCUCAAAAAAAUUCCUUUUUGGAACUGCUUCUUCUGCCUAUCAGUUUGAAGGGGCUUUCUUAAGUGAUGGUAAAGGUCUUAACAAUUGGGAUGUUUUUACUCAUAAGCCUGGCAAUAUUAAGGAUGGAACAAAUGGAGAUAUUGCUGUCGAUCAUUAUAAUCGAUAUCUGGAGGAUGUUCAUCUUAUGGACUUUAUUGGUGUGAAUAGCUACCGCUUCUCCAUCUCAUGGGCAAGAAUACUACCUAAAGGAAGGUUUGGGGAGAUGAACAAGGCUGGGAUUGAUCAUUACAACAAGCUCAUUGAUUCUCUUCUCAAAAGAGGGAUAGAACCAUUUGUAACAUUGGCUCACUAUGACAUCCCUCAGGAACUUGAAGACAGAUAUGGAGCCUGGUUGAGUCCCCAAGUCCAGGAGGACUUCAGAUAUUAUGCUGAUAUCUGCUUCAAAUCAUUUGGAAAUCGAGUCAAGUAUUGGGUUACCUUCAAUGAGCCAAAUGUCCAGGUUAUUCGUGGCUACAGGAAAGGGACUUACCCUCCGUCGCGUUGCUCAAGCUCAUUUGGUAAUUGCAGCAGCGGAGACUCAGAGAGAGAACCCUUUGUAGCUGCCCACAAUAUCAUUCUAUCCCAUGCCGCUGCUGUCAACACUUACAGGUCCAAAUAUCAGGCUAAACAAGGAGGUCUAAUUGGAAUAUCUAUCAAUGCUGUGUGGCAUGAGCCUAUUAGCGACUUGUUCGAAGACAUAUUAGCAACUGAGAGAGCUCGCUCUUUCUAUAUGAAUUGGAUCCUGGACCCAAUUGUAUUUGGGAACUAUCCAGCAGUGAUGGAGGAAACUCUGGGACUUGAUUUGCCUCACUUUUCAACUGAGGAUAAAAAGAAAUUGAAGAAUGGCGCAGAUUUUAUUGGCAUUAAUCACUAUACCAGUUUCUACGUAAAAGAUUGCCUCUAUUCUUCCUGUAAACCAGGAUUGGGAUCAUCUAAGAUAGAAGGUUUUGCUUUCUGGACACCAGUGAAGGAAGAAACAUUAAUCGGAGAACCUACUGAAAUUUCAUGGAUAUAUGUCAAUCCUCAAGGAAUGAACAAGAUAGUUACAUACAUAAAGGAGAGAUACAAUAAUAUACCAAUAUUUGUAACAGAAAAUGGUUAUGGGCAGAAGAACAAACCCAAUACUCAAACUGAAGAUUUACUCAAUGAUACCAGACGAAUAGAUUACAUGAGAAGUUACCUUGGUGCUUUGGAAACAUCAAUGAGUUGAAACCAGCGUUACCAGCCUUGUACUGAAAGUGGCCAUCUGAACGUGGCAUCAUCAAUCACUAUGGGAAGGGAAGUCAUUCUUAAAAAUUACAAAUAAAUAACUAUCAUUUUAAUUGCAUACUAUAAUAGAAAACCUAAUAGUUAAAUGAAAAUUUAGAAAGGCUAUUUAUUCAUUAAAAAAGACCUAAAUUUUCUCCUGAAUUUUGGUUCAUUGAAUCACAAAUCGGUGUCGAGAACAUCUCAAACUGAGAUCUGAGGAAGUUUUUAGAGAUCUUUUAAGAUUCUCUUAAGCUAGUCUCAAAUCGUUUAAGGAACCUGUACAUAAACUUCUCUAUUCUUCUUCGAUGGUUCCAAAUCUUUUCUUCCAUGCUCAAAAACAAAAUCUUUCAAAUAUACUAAACAUACAAGAAUUUUACUGGAGAAUGAUUUCGCUUGGCAACUAACCAUUUUGAGGGAGGGCAAAUUAGUACGAACAGGGUCAUUUUGACCCAUAAUUUCUAAGAGCGACAUGCAAAAGGGGAUUUAGCCCCCAAAAAAAUUAUUAAAACAAAAAACAUAAAACCGAAUUUACAGCAGUUCACUCCAUGAUUGGGAAAAGACGAGAUCUGAUGCUUCAAGGAACAUCACUCAUAGACUGUAUACUUUUGAAUUCAUGCAUUUAAAAUCAAACUAGAUUACAUCCAUUGGGAGUACAGAAUGAAAAGUUUGAAUUUAACCAUAUCAUCCAUCCAAUGGUCCAAUAGAAAGCAAGAGUUUCUCUUUAUGCAGCCGUGAUUGAGUUGAAACUUUUCUUCAUUGUAUAUAAUGUGAUGCUUGUCCAGGGAAGGAGCAGAUGUAAGAGGGUACUUUGCCUGGUCUUUGCUAGAUAACUUUGAAUGGAUGAAUGGAUAUACUGAAAGGUUUGGGCUUUAUCAUGUAGACUAUGCCACUCUGAAGAGAACCCCAAAGCUUUCAACCUUUUGGU